AUGUCUGAACAAAAAUGCAAUAAAACACAAAAUGAAAAUGACAUUUAUUAUAAAAAUGUAAUUGAUAGUGUAAAAAAUGAAACUGAAUUAUUUCAUCAAAAUAAAAAAGCAGCAGAAAAUGGUAAUAAAUUUGCAAUGGAUAAUUUGGCUAUUAGAUAUUAUAAUGGAGAAGGAACAGAAAAGAAUUUAGAAAAAGCUUUCUAUUGGUAUCAAAAAGCAGCAGAAAAUGGUAAUGAAGUUGCAAUGAAUAAUUUAGCCAGUUGUUACUAUAAUGGAGAAGUAACAAAAAAGAAUUUAGAAAAAGCUUUCUAUUGGUAUCAAAAAGCAGCAGAAAAUGGUAAUAAAUUUGCAAUGGAUAAUUUGGCCAUUAGUUAUUAUAAUGGAGAAGGAACAGAAAAGAAUUUAGAAAAAGCAUUCUAUUGGUAUCAAAAAGCAGCAGAAAAUGAUAAUGAAUUUGCAAUGAAUAAUUUAGCUAUAUGUUAUCAUGAUGGAAAAGGAACAGAAAAGAAUUUAGAUAAAGCUUUCUAUUGGUAUCAAAAAGCAGCAGAAAAUGAUAAUGAAUUUGCAAUGAAUAAUUUGGCCAAUAGUUAUUAUAAUGGAGAAGGAAUAGAAAAGAAUUUAGAAAAAGCCUUCUAUUGGUAUCAAAAAGCAGCAGUUAAUGGUAAUGAAUAUGCAAUGAAUAAUUUAGCCAUUAGUUAUUAUAAUGGAGAAGGAACAGAAAAGAAUUUAGAAAAAGCCUUUCAUUGGUAUCAAAAAGCAGUAGAAAAUGGUGAUAAAGAAGCAAUGUUUACUCUAGCUGAUUGUUAUUAUAAUGGAAAAGGAACAGAAAAGAAUUUAGAAAAAGCUUUCUAUUGGUAUCAAAAAGCAGCAGAAAAUUAUAAUGAAGUUGCAAUGAAGAAUUUAGCCAUAUAUUAUUAUAAUGGAAAAGAAACAGAAAAGAAUUUAGAAAAAGUCUUUUAUUGGUAUCAAAAAUCAGCAGAACAUGGUAAUAAAGUUGCAAUGAAUAGUUUAGCCAUAUGUUAUCAUAAUGGAAAAGGAACAGAAAAGAAUUUAGAAAAAGCCUUCUAUUGGUAUCAAAAAGCAGCAGAAAAUGAUAAUGAAGUUGCAAUGAAGAAUUUGGCCAAUAGUUAUUAUAAUGGAGAAGGAACAGAAAAGAAUUUAGGAAAAGCCUUUCAUUGGUAUCAGAAAGCAGCAGAAAAUGAUAAUGAAGUUGCAAUGAAUAGUUUAGCUAAUAGUUAUUAUAAUGGAAAAGGAACAGAAAAGAAUUUAGAAAAAGCCUUCUAUUGGUACCAAAAAGCAGCAGAAAGAGAUCAUAUUGAUGCAAUGAAUAAUUUAGCCAUAUGUUAUAAAAAUGGAAAUGGAACAGAAAAGAAUUUAGAAAAAGCCUUCUAUUGGUUGCAAAAAGUAGCAGAAAAUGGAGAUAAAGAAGCACAAUUUAAUUUAGGUGUUUGUUAUGAAGAAGGAAUUGGUAUUGAAAAGGAUGAAGUUGAAGCUUCUUAUUGGUAUCAAAAAGCAGCUCAGCAAGGAUUUAGUAAUGCACAGUAUAAACUUGGAUUUCUUUAUAAGAUUGAUGAAAAUAAAAGUCCGAAGUUUCAUUCAGAGAAGCAAGAUGAAUUAUUUCCCAGUAAUGAUAAUUUUAAUAACUCAGAAGCAAAAGAUUCUAUAUUCUGGAGUGAUGCACUUGAAACACGUCUCUGUGAACUAUAUAUGAAAGAUGACGUUGUAGAUAUAUUUUGGGGCCAACCUAUCGAAGAAUAUUUUGCGGGUAGUGCAACAUGGCACGUUUAUGUGAUUACACGUGGUUUGUAUUCAAGUACUAAGACGGAAACAAUUGCAGAUAAUCAAGUAAUUUAUUUUAUUGCGGAGGAGGAAGGAUUUGCUAGCGCGGAUGACCCUUUACCAAAUUCAAUAGAGAUUCCACAAGAUCUGAAAGAGAAAUUUAAUGAAGCUUUAGAUAAUGAAUUAGGAUUAACAUUCCGCGAAAAACAUUAUAAUCUGGUUGGCGUGAGUACUGGAUAUAAAAGAAUUAAUGGACAGUUGACUGAAAUACCAGCAAUUAUAUUAUAUGUUCGCCAAAAGGGUAUUUUACGUCGUGGCUGUGGUGGUAUAUUUCCAGAAAAAAUUUGUGGGUUUCCGGUAGAUGUUGUUGAAGCAUGUACUGCAAUUCCUUGUGUUGGUUUAGGCAUAGAUACUUGUCGACGUUAUCAAGAUGAUGUUAAAUUAGGAUCAAGUAUAGGUAUAGGAUUAGAAAAAGAAAAUACAACUGGAACUUUAAGUGCUGUGGCUUAUGAAAAUGAAUCACCAAAUAAGAUUGGCAUUGUUUCAUGUGAACAUGUGCUCAAAUUUAAUGAAUUAGAUACCCAAAAUAAUGUUGUUUAUCAACCUUCCUAUGAAGACUUGUUUGAACCAAAAAGAAAAUUAAAUGAAUUAUUUGGACUAUCACAAGCAUCAGGAGCAAGGAAAAGUGAAUAUAUUGAUGAAAUUGAAGAAAUGGAAAGAAAACUUAAAAUAGCAGAAAAAAGAAAUUCAACGCUGGCUAUUCAUGUAAGAGGAAUGCGAGAAAACUUCCUCUCAAGUGUAGAUAACAAGAAUUAUGGUGUUGAUGCCGGAUUUUGUAUUUUUAGUAAUAAGAAUCGUAUGUUACGCUCAAAAGAAUUUCCAAUCUUUUCGAAUUACUUCACAAAUAAUGGACUUCCAACUUGUUUGGAAGGUGUUUAUACUAGAAAAGAUUUUAAGAAUUUUGAUUAUAAUACUAAAGUUUUUAAAGUAGGACGAACUACGGGUCUUACUAUUGGGAGAUUACUUCCUACUGAACAAGCUAUUGCCUGUAGCUUGAUAAAUGAAAGCAUUAAAAUUGCAAAGAAGUUAGAAAUGGAAAAACAUAUUCCCAAUUAUUGUAAUGAAGAUCAAAGAAUUUUUAUUGGAUAUAUGAAGUCACGAUUAGAUUCAGAAAUUCAUCAAAAUCGCAAGAAAUGCUAUCCUAUUAAGUGGUUUGAUCGUCAAUUGGCAUUUAAAUUUGAAUCUGGAGAGUUUGAAUCUGGUGACUCAGGGGCAAGCAUUAUAGAUGAAAGAGGAAAAGCUCUUGGUAUCCUUCAUGCAAAGUGGAUAACACCAUACCAAACAUAUGGCAUAGCUUCCCCUUAUUUUGCUGUUCUUGAAGCACUAAACGUAAGCAUUUAUUUAUCUCCUGAGUCCACUGCAGCAUCUAGCUGCGAAGAAAUCAAACAAUUGAAAACACACAGUUGAGAUAUGAGGGUAGUGAUAUACUGUAUUAGAAUCAAAUAACUAUUAUAAAAUCAAAGAAAUUAAAAUCAUUCCAAGAUACUUUUCGAGACUAAAUUGUUUGGACAUAAUAUUUUGGCACCCCUUAUCCUUUCCAAUGUUAUGAAUUCCUCAAUAACUUUGAUUUCUCUCCAAUUCGAAUUUUUUCUUAAAAAAUUCUUUUUAUCGUUGAAUUCAACUCGGAGUUGUUAUAGUACCAGAUUUCAUUAUAGCCAUGGUUAAUUCUAGAUUUUAAAAUAUUCCAGAUCAAACACACUUUUAAAAGUUAUUGGAAUUUUGAGGACUUGAUUUUAAUCACCUUUUUUAAAUUGUGAAACUUUAUAUUCAAAGAAUAU